AAACCCGGCAGAAUUGGGUCGCUGUGGCCAGGUUCUGCUCCACUCGGACCGUGCACGGUCCAGGAGCCGGUUCCUGGGCCGGGGUGUGGAGUGUGGAACGGUCGGAAGCUGCAGCCUGAGAGUGGGCGGGGCGAGCAGGCCUGGGAGGGCUCAAAGGCGAGGUGGAAGGAUACACGAGCCGCGGUCGGAACUACUUUCAGGAGGAGGUCACGUGUGGUCCUAGUUGGGGAACUUUCCAAAUUCCCAUUGCCCUCUGUGUGCUCCUGAGGCGAGAGCUCGGACCCUACUGCUCUGCUGAAUGGUCACCCCAGGUGGGAGCGGCUGGACCUCAGCUCAUCCCGGUCGGAGCGGAGAAUAGCACCCACGAGCGCUGGAGCACGCAGGAGCGCUGUCGGGGCCAAGCGCCUGGGGAGCUGGUUACACAAGCACCCACAUCCAAACACGUGCCCCCGCCACCCCUCUCUGCUGGCCGCGCCGGUUUGUGCACGGUGACGCGGAGACUCCCCAGGCUGCUCUUCCCUUUCGCUUGCAACCCCAUCGAGAGAAGCAGAAGGCCGAGACUCUUGCUCUGGAUCUGCCCAUACCGCGCUUUUCAACCGUGGGAGAAGAGGCUGGUCUUUAGGGGAUCUGACGCAUCUCCUUUGCUAAUGAGAUGGACCCUCUGCAGACCUGUACUCGCGGGGCAAAAGGGUAUCUCCUGUUGCUGCUGGCUGCCUGGGCUUACCGAUGUUGCAACAAACUUCCAGUCACUGCCCCUGAACUGGUGAGCGCGCCCCACCUACUGUAGACUCAGCCAAGUGACUUAUCUGAGCACCUAGUCAAUGGCUGUCCGCCCAGAACAAACCUGUCCAGUAAAAGCUUACCGCCAGGAUUGGCUGACCUGUCGCGGUUGAGAGAGCUGGUUCAGAAAUGCUGAUAACUAGAGUGCAAGCCCCUCCUCCCGAAUGAGCCAGCCACAAAGCAAGCGAUCACCUUGAGAAAAAUGACAUCAACACCAACGCAGGGAUUUCUUCCUUUUUGUUCUUUCCCCAGAGGUGAAAUUAGUUCUCAGGGUGACAAUUUGAGUCCGAAAGUAUCUGACUUGAGACCUAAACUGAGGCACCGGGCCAUUUUAGAAAUUUGGAGAUUAGUAAUCUAUUAUCAUGGGUAUUGCAGUAAUUGCGAGUAGGUGUCUAGGAAGGCCAGCUGAGGGUUUAUGAAGUAUAGGAGAAAGAAAAUUGCGUAUGUGCACAGCAUAGUUGCAGGCAGCUCCUGAAGCCUAGAAACCUCAAGAGGCCUGGCUCAGAGAGCCACGGGCCAUUACCUAACUCCAGGACUGCUAAUUAAACCAGGGAUAUUUACAGUUCUAUUAGAGAUCUCUGAGGCUACUCAAACCUUGCAUUUAGAUGCAUCCUUUUAAGAUCUCUCUGCAGGAGUCAGCAGCCUAAACUAAGCAAGCAUUGAUGUUUAUUGCAGGCUGUUUUUGUGCACGGUUCUGGUCAGUUGGGGGAGGCAGGGAAGACAGAUGAGAGCAAUUUGAAA